CUGAGAAGGCGGGACAUGCGGACCGGAAGUGUGGCCUUUGCCCACACCCAAGAUGGCGGCAGCGGGAACGGAAGUUUCCUCCUUUCGGACCUCUCUCUCCUCUGGAGGUCCCGCUCUCGAUGGUGGCGAACCGGGGGCGGGGGUGGCGGCGCUUCCUCCUGGGCUGCGAGGCAACCAAGUGGCUCGCGAGCCCCAGCCCGGAGGGGCUGCGGCCUCCUGGGGGAGGGGGGCGGCCAUGUCUCUCGAAGAUCCAUUCUUUGUAGUGCGAGGCCGCGCUGCUGCUGUGCCCCCGCCCGCAGCGAGGUGCAGAAGGCGGUGAACACGGCCCGCGGGCUGCACCAGCGCUGGUGCGAACUCCUCCAGGAAGGCGGCACGGGCGGCCGCGAGGAGCUGGACUGGACGGCCAAUGAGCUGCGAAAUGGCCUGCGCAGCAUCGAAUGGGACCUCGAGGACCUGGAAGAGACCAUCGGAAUCGUGGAAGCCAACCCCGGCAAGUUCAAGCUGCCCGCUGGGGAUCUGCAGGAGAGAAAGGAAUUUGUGGAGCGGAUGCGGGAGGCGGUGCAGGAAAUGAAGGACCAUAUCGUGAGCCCGGCCGCCAUAGCCUUCAUGGAGAGGAAAAACAGAGAGAUGUUGGCGGGCAAACCAGCUGCCCAGAAGUCACCCAGCGACCUGCUGGACGCCAGCGUGGUCUCGGCCACUUCUCGAUACAUUGAGGAGCAGCAGGCCACGCAGCAGCUGAUCAUGGACCAACAGGACCAACAGCUGGACAUGGUGUCCGGGAGCAUCCGGGUCCUAAAACACAUGUCCGGCCGCGUCGGGGAGGAGCUGGACGAGCAGGGCAGUAUGCUGGAUGCCUUUGGCCAUGAGAUGGACCACACCCAGUCCCGCAUGGACGGCGUCCUCCGUAAGAUGGCCAAGGUGUCCCACAUGACGAGCGAUCGCCAGCAGUGGUGUGCCAUCCUGGUGCUUCUUGGGGUGCUGCUCCUGGUCUUGCUCCUGCUGGUCUUGCUCUGACCUUGACCUAUGCGACCUGCCCGCUGGGCCUGCCCCCACCCCCAGGAGGAACAGCUGGAGCCCCCCCCCAGGCUCUCAUCCAGGGCCCUGGGCUGAAGCACCCCCCACACCACCACCACCACCAGGGUCCUGUCUCAAGUGCACUUAGCGGGUGGAGGUGGGAGACCUGCCACACUCCCCCCACCCCCAACCCGUGUUAACUUCCGGGACCCCAGGGCCGUCAGUGGUGGCCAUUGUACCUUCACAAGUGCCAAUCUGGAAAUAAACCCGCAGCCUUUUUUUUUUUUUAAAUAUGUAUUUGUAUCCUGCAUCAUGUUGAUUUUGAACUUGUAGCUGACCCCAGCUCAUUGCACCCACUGCGGGGGUCUGUGUGUGUAUGUGACUGUGUAUGACUGCCAUAGCGGAUGUUUGGGAGAGAAACAAUGCUUCUGGUAAAUUCUGGGCGUUAAUAAGCGGUGAUUUAGGGGUGCCGUGGGUUCAGCCACGGCUCGGGACGCUCCCACAGUGGAGCCGCUCACGCGGGAGACCUGGAUGGAGUUUCCCAGCUUCCAGAGGUCAGCCCCGCCAUUGGGGGCAUUUGGAGAGUUGAACGGGUGGACAGAAGCUCUGGCUCUCAUAAAUAAAAACUUCCAAAGUA